GGCACUCUAUGGCAGAGAUUAUCUGUUUGUUUUAUACCGUUACCGGUUCAUUUUAAUAAUUUUUAUAUUUUUUCCAUUUCGUAAAGUGUCCUAUUUUAAAAUGAGCCAUAUGAUCAUAAGUAAUAAUAAACAGCCUACACUGGAUUCAAAAGAACUAGAUUCAGCCCGACAUAUUCCACAUUAUAAAAAACUUGGGAGAAGUAUUAAACAAAUAUACUUCGAGUACUGUGCUAACACAUCAAUUCAUGGAAUCCAAUACUUUGGAGAACGUCGUCCUUUAAUAGAGAAGAUUUUCUGGUUAUGUGUUUUUUUGGCUUCAAUAUACUGUUGUUCAAAUUUAAUACAUAAUAUUUAUAUAAAAUGGAAUGAAACUCCAGUGAUAGUUAGUUUUUCUGAAAAAUCCACACCUGUUUGGAGCAUACCAUUUCCGGCGAUUACUAUAUGUUCUGAAACCAAAAGGAUUCCUAGGAAAGAGGGUGUAACUUAUGGUCAAUUCUUAAAAAGUUUUCGGGAACACGUAAAGGCGAGGCGAUUUUUUAUACCAAAAAAUAUUAGUCGCGUGGAUUUGGAAGAAUUCCGUACGCUUCUUCAUAUCUGUAAUCCGCAAUUAGUAGAACAUGGUACUCCAAUUAUUUCUACUCAUCUUAUAGAUUACUUCAGAGUUUUGGAAAAUAUGCAACCGGAGUUUAAUAGAUAUUAUUACUAUUGUAAAUGGUUUAGUCAUUUUGGUGAAUGCGAUGAACUUUUUACACCUACUUACACAAAUGAAGGCAUAUGUUAUACGUUUAACGGUCUCAACGCAACAGAUUUGUAUCGGGAAGACACUUUUCAGUAUCACCGAGUUGGAUUUCAAAACUUUUCUAAGCAUAAUCUAAUUCUAAAAAGGCCCCUAAAGUGGUCCUUGCAAAAUGGCUAUACAGUGGAUAGUGGAAUUAAAACAUAUCCGGCACGGGUUUUAGGCGCUGGAGCUCGGGCAGGAUUUUUUAUUGCGUUACAGAGUUUUCGUCAAGAAGUAGACUAUACGUGUCGUGGUCCAAUACAAGGCUUCAAAGUAUCACUACACUCACCCGAUGACGUCCCGCAAGUUUCAAAUCAGUUUGUGCGCAUUCCUAUGGGAAAAGAAGUGGUAAUUGCUGUUAAACCAAAUAUGAUCACAACGUCAGCAGGAAUUGCAGAAUAUCCCUCACUAAGACGUCAAUGCUUUUUAGAACAUGAGCGUACACUCAGAUUCUUUAAAGUGUAUACACAAAAUAAUUGUGUAUUGGAAUGUUUAACAAAUUUAACUCUAGCUAAUUGUGGGUGUGUGAAGUUUUCGAUGCCUCGCACUUUAGAUAUGCCAGUAUGUGCGGAGAAUAAAAUCUCUUGUUACGACAGGGCCGAAGAUGUCUUGCUUUUACGUGAAUUUCGACAGGGUCUAAAAGAAUCUCAUUUGAAUUAUUUAGGCGCCACACAAUGUAAUUGUUUGCCGGCUUGUACUUCACUUGUCUACAAUACUGAAAUUUCACAUGGAAAUUUCGAUCUAGAAGAUAUGUUAAAAGCAACUGGCGAUACUUCAUUUUUUAAAGACUUUCCUGGAUCACAAAUGUCUCGUCUCUCUAUAUACUUUAAAGAGCAUCAGUUUAUAACAUCUAAGCGAUCUGAGUUGUAUGGUGUAACUGAUUUUUUGGCUAAUUGCGGAGGUAUUUUUGGUCUAUUUAUGGGGUUCUCUAUAUUAAGUUUGGUUGAACUCUUAUAUCAUAUUUCACUACGUUUAUGGAGUAAUAUGCAACGUUUGGCAGGAUCAUAAUGCCGUAAUUGUUUGUUUUUAUUUAUGUAAUGUUUAUUUUUCUUUAUUAUUAUUAUUAUCAUUG